AUGGCGGAUGAUGGAGACAGGUCGGAGUCGGAGACGAUGAGAACAACCUCCGCCCUAGCUACACAUGACAACGCUGCAGUCAGGAGCAUCAUCAAGCAGAGCAGCGACCAGCAGCAGCUGGCCAUGGCCGAAUCAGCUCGUGUGCGAGACGCCCUGAGCGUGAGCGCCGACGACCGCGCGCGGGUGGACGCGCUCUCCGCCGCCGCGUCCGCGUCCCUCUCUUCGUCGUCGUCGUCGGACCACCUGUCGCCGAGCUUCUUCGAGGGGUUCGCGCUGCGCGGGAUCCGCGUCGUCCGCAUCCAGCCGGGCCUCAUCCACUGCUCCUACACCGUGCCUCCAUGCCUCACCGACUCCACCACCGGCUGCCUCGCCGCCGGCGCAGUCGUGGCUCUGGUGGACGAGAUCGGCUCGGCCGCGGCCAUCUCCGACGCCCAGAACCUCAAGGUCUCCGUCGACAUGUCCGUCGCCUUCGCCGACCUCUCCCAGGCGCGUCCGGGAGACAACCUGACCAUCACGGCGACGGCGCUCGGGCACAAGGGCGCCUACUCCGGCACCAACGUCCUCCUCACCAACGCCGACACCGGCAACGUCGUCGCCGAGGGCAGGCACUCCCUCUUCGGCAACAUGAAGAAAACACCGCCCAAGCCGGUCCCUGCUCACAGGAGCAACUUGUGAUUCACUAUUUCACUCUUACUACGUUAAUGUCUCUGUAUGAGUGUAUUUAUACUGCUACCACGUAUCUACCAUACGAAAUAAAAGCAAACAAGGAUGAGAUUGAUGUGUGUGC